AUGGCUCCGAAAACCAAGAAAUCGGUCAAGGACCGUAUGUGUGAGAGGCAGAAUCUCAUCAAGGCAUAUGACAUUGUCUUCGAUGGGCCCAUAGCACCUCGCCAGUGGCCACGUCAAUACGUGCCAAUCUUUCAAAAGAUUCGAGACAUUGAAGAUGUCAAAUACGAAAGAUACGUGAGCUUCCUAACCACUGAGGAGAAUGAAACCAACGAUCCCCUCGCCCCUAUCACCGAUCGAGUAGCAAACCUUAUUCGCGUUGCAUACGACAUGAGAAAUUCCCUGGCCAAUGAGUCAACCUGGAGAUUACACACCGAGAGUCAAGUGCUCGGUCGUUUUCUCACCGAUCUUCCCUGUGAUCAUUGCCGCAAGAAACGGUGGGUUUCUAAAUUCCGACUCGAUCCCUUUUGCCCAUUAGCAGCGGAGAAACUACGGGCCAAGAGGGCUAGGACCAGUGAGGAAUCAGGUAAGGCAAGCCAUGCAACAGCGAUUUCCGGGCCAUCUACUGAUGCAGAGAACUGCCAGUCAGCAAACACGUUACAGUCGCCUUUUCUUUAUCGAAGCGAUGAGCCUGUGAUUGAUGACUCGGUUCCUGAAUACGGAACAAAAGAACUAGGAGUUCAGAAGCCCGACAAUGUCAUCGGACUGCGGCAAACAGCGAAACUUCAAAGCUUGCUGUCGAUGAAACCUGACAUUCUAGAUACGCCUUUUAAGAAGAACUUCAGUCCUUCCUUUCCGUUCCUUUUACUGGAGGCCAAACCCGAACACGGAUGUCCAGGCUUUACCUCAGUUGAAGAGCAAAGCGCCUUUCCGCUAAGAACGUUGCUCAAUAUUCAGAAGAAUAUCCCAACCCCGGCAGAUGUGCAGUUCAAUCCUCUAAUCUGGUUCAUGGCCAACCAAGGCGAUGAGUGGAGAAUAUACGCUUGUGUUCCUGACGGCGCCAAAACACGAAUUAUUGAUCUUUGGCAUGGAAGUGUCCUUCGUGAGGAUAGUGCGUUACAACUCCUUUUUCUCGUUGAUAUGAUAUGUGACUGGGCGCGCGAUAUUUAUCGAAAAGAAAUCAUGAGAUGUUUUGCGGCUGCUGUAUCAGACUCAAGAGGUAUUACACCCGCAGACAGCCUCAUUUCUUAUAAUCCAUUUUCAGGAGAAGAGACAUCUCCAAAUCAAAGUGACGGGUAUUUCUCGGCUGGUGAUAGCGAUUCGGCAACUUUCCGGGUCGAGGAUGAUUCUAAUGAGAACCCCAUUCGUUCUGUAUCGCCUAAUGACUCGGCUGUGAACCAGAAUGAAGAUAUCGUAACUCAUAGCGACUCGGAUUCCCCCACUGAAGUGACUUCUAACCCAAGCACAACAACUGAUACUGGUGUUAUCUCUUUGGACACGCUGACGGUGUCAGAUGUGGAAAUGGUGGACUCAGACCACGAGGAUGUGAGCGAAGAAACAUCAGCCGAGACUUGGACUCAGCACGCCGUAAUUAAACAUGCAAACAACGUUAUAUUCUUGUUUCAAACGUUGAGUCUUCCUGAAGCGCAUGGCGAUUUAAUCACAUUGUUAACAUCGCCAUCUACUACCUCAGAUGUUGCCCAGGCGGCUGGAAAACUCGUUAUGCUUUUCUGUGGACAAACCCAAGUCUUGACGAGGAGAAGUACGAUUCGCCGCCUAGGAGCAUGGUGGACCGGCGCCAAUGAUACACAAGAACCAUACAAUAGCGAUCUCGAUGAUGAUUCUGUCAUUGCUCAUUUUUCUUUUGAGUCUUACUUCCGGCGGCACGAUUGGGAGCUAGUACGAAAGCUGACAUGCAUAAUGGCCUCAUCGACUGCAAUUGAGAACUUAGCAUGGAUCUGUGGUAUUAACCGUCCUGUAAUAAACAAUUACAGGGGAGAGCUCAGAUGCACCAGGAGCAACUUUCUCAAAGUCACUCGUUUUUUGAGAGAUCUUUGUGGCGAGAGAUCGGCCAAAAGUGGCAUAUCACACCUUCAUCUCUAUCUAUGCAAAAAUUAUGCCAGUUUUGAAAGGGGUAGACCGCAGUACGAAUGGAAGAAAAGCACACCGCAGAUGAGAGACCUUCUUGGUACCCUACAGUAUACUGAGCGGUUGAUCAGAGUGUCUACUUCUGAGAGAUAUGGACAAGUGAACAUUUCUGUCAUGCAAAACAUGCCAUUGAAUCUAGAGUUUGAGUCAAAAACCCAGACGAUUGGAGCAUUUUUGGCCAAAAAGCCGAGUUCAUGGCCUGAUACCUGCCCUAAAUAUUCUCUCGUCGUCUUUGAUCAGUCAAAUAUCCAAGACGGCCACUUAAUGGCAUCAAAGAUUUCCGAUGCAAUUUUGAACCAAUCCUUUUUCCACGAAACUGGGAGCGGUAUAUCACAAGUGGACGCCAGUGCGUUUACGUUAUGGGCGAAGAUACUCCGUGGGGAGACACCCUCGGAUCACGUUUGGCCUUCCUAA